UUUCAUAAUCAGAAAGAGAAACAGUUGAUGAUUACAGAUUAACCUGCCGUAAGUUUGACGUAGAUUCAUGAAAUAGAAGAUAUUUAUUCGUGUCAAGUUUAAAAAUGCACAAAUAUGGAAGUAAGAAACGGGUUUGCUUUUAAUUGCAUAGAAAUAUAGGGCUGCGUAUGCGUGGGCAAGUGUGUGGGAAUUAAUCGGCUUCAUCAGAUAAGGUUAGGGUUGGAUUGGUGUCGUCAGUGGCGAAUAAGUCGGUGGUUCAAGUUUGAUUAGUCCACGAAUAUGCAUAAAAGAACUAUUAUUUUAACCGUGAGACUGAAUUGUUGAAACAGGUUUAGAACUUUAUAACCUAGAUGAGAGAAUUUCGAGAGAAUAAUGAAAUAGCGUUAUGUAAACUGACUUAACCUAAUCUAUUGUCGCAUGCCAAACAAAUGUAAAAGAUAAUAACGAAGUUGACGGCUUAAGAAAAUAUGAUUACUAAAGACGAUGAACGCUAUAGACGGCAGCAAGAGGAAUUCGUUUCAAAUCACGGCGGCACGACGGCACAAGAAACCAUUUUCUUGAUUAUGCCAAAUGUCUGCAGUCUUCUUUUGACGACAACCACGAUGGGUCUGAUUGGUCAAUACUUGAGCAAAAACGUCAAGACAUUCCUAGAGUUUUUGUUAAUCAUUGUGCCAUGCAUAUUAUGCUGUACGGUGCUCUCGCAACAUGUCGUGUCCGUCUGUGUUACUAUGAUAAUGUUGUCCCUCAUAAAUAUUUUUCUUAUGAGGAUUCCUAUAUAUUCGCUAUCUGCUACGGAGCCAAGACCAAUGAUUGGUAAACGUCCUUUCAUUACGAUCUUCCGAGCUCUCACUAAUGUGAUUACAAUAAUUUGUAUCCUUGCGGUUGACUUUAAAGUCUUUCCGAGAAAAUUGGCAAAGACCGAAGUAUAUGGGUACAGCUUGAUGGAUACGGGUGUGGGUCUCUUCAUGGUUGCGAAUGCCCUUGUAGCUCCGGAAGCUCGGGAUUUUGGAGAGAAGCCAAAGAAAUACUUUUUUAGGUCACUGUUAAGAAGUCUGAUAAGCUCUCUUAAAGACAGCAUGUCUUUACUGCUUCUUGGGAUGAGCAGAUUUAUUGCAGUGGAGUAUUUGCAGUAUCAGCGCCAUGUUACGGAAUAUGGAGUACACUGGAACUUUUUUGUAACACUGGCAUUUGUUAGAAUAUUUGCCAGCUUGAUUACUAGUACCAUAAGCUCAAGAUAUUCACUGCUUUCUGGUAUUUGGAUUAUAAUGAUGCAUGAGUAUACUUUGAGUAAUGUUGGACUGAAAAAGUGGGUUUUAAGUAAUGCACCAAGGGAUAAUUUUAUAUCGGCAAACAGAGAAGGACUUAUUUCAGCACCAGGAUAUGUUGGACUAUAUUUUGUUGGAGUUGCUGUGGGAAGACUCGUUCAUGCAACAUAUCGUUCUUUGAAUGAAAAUCCGGAAGCUCGCAAGCACCAAAGUGCUGUACUUGGAAUUCUAAAGCAGUCGUUAGAGAUAGAGUAUAACGAAUCAAUGGUAUUGUGCAUUAAACUGUCAUUAAUAGCAGCCCAGGCAUGUGCGGUUACUUUGGUUUGUGAUUCUUAUUUUGGAGUUUCGCGAAGAUUGACAAAUGCUGGAUAUUGUGCCUGGAUUACUACCUUGAGUACUGCAAUGCUCACAUUACUCCUACUUGUAGAAAUUGUUUCUGAUAUUUUAAUACAUGCUACUGUGACAAACAAAACAUCGUCAGAGAAGGAUGCUGGAAAGAUGCAAAAAGGCAACGACCAGAAAUUUAAUGAAUCAGAAUGUGGUUCAAUUAGAAGAAUACCUGAACUUUUUGAAGCAGUUAAUUAUAAUGGGUUAGCAUUUUUCCUGUUGGCUAAUCUUUUGACAGGUGCCAUUAAUAUGGCAAUACGGACAUUAUAUACCGAUAAUUUAAGAGCUAUACAGGUGAUCAUGGUUUAUGCAGCUGUGAAUAUGCUAAUUUGCGUAAUACUUUUCAGAUAUAAAGUACAUAUUAAGCUCUAACGAAUACGAAUGUAAACCAAAGGCAAUUGUUUCUGCCAUAGUAUUGAUGUUCGAUAGGUCACAAAAUAAAAUCACGUUUAAUAAAGAUUUUUUAGGAAAUUCUAUACUUUAAUAAAAAGAUCACUUUGUACAAA